AUGGCAAUUGAAUUGAGUGGAUUAAAUUUUUGUGUCGGUUUGAACAAUAGAUUUUUCUUAGAAACAGGGUCUUCAAUUAAAGAGUACUCAUUUAACUCAAGAGAAAAUCUUUUGGUUGAGGAAGGUUCAACAACGAUUGAUUAUUCUUUAGAAUUCGAUGGAAAUAUUGAGAUUUAUCAAAUGUCUAGUGAAGAUAAACGGUUCCAAAUGAUGAUCUGUAUGGACCAAAAAUUAAAAAUACUAUCUUAUGAAUUACCAUUGACUGAAGUUUUCCCUACUGUUAUUGAAACUCAACUCUACAAUCCCAAUGAUGUUAAUUUUAGAAAACCGAAAGAUCAAUUGAUGAUCAUGCCAAACUCGAAUACUGCCAUUAUGGUUCACAAUCGAUUUUUGACGGUUGGGGUAGACUUGUUAUUAGAAGGUGAUGACAAAUGGGAAUCCCAUGAAAUGACUUUGAAAGAUGGUAUCCAUCCGACAAGUAUCGCUAUGCAUGCUAAUAUGUUAUUUAUUGGUUUAAGUUCAGGUUACAUUCAUGUGUAUUCAAUCAGUGAUAUUCGUCAAUUAUUAAACAAGCAUAAAAUAUUGAAGAAAAUAAGAAAAAUAAAAAUAUCUGAAAGUCCUGUUACUGCCAUAAAACUAACAGAAAUAAAAAAGAUUCCUUAUAUACUUGCAUCCACACAUAAACAAUUAUACUCAAUCACUCUAUGA